AUGGCUGGACAGUCCCAUCUUGUUUGUACUCGGGCGUGUUUAAAUCAGAAAUGUGCCGACGUGUCUGAGUUCGGUGUGGACGAAUGUCGCAGGAAGUGCAGCAGUCACGGGGUGUGUAACAGUAAUAAAAACUGUCACUGCGAUGUGGGCUGGGCUCCACCGGACUGCCGGUACUCAGGUCACGGUGGCAGCGUGGACAGCGGACCGGCCCGAGCCACUGCAGAGUCCGACCCGGUCCGAGCCGCCCUGCUUGUCAUCUUCUUCUUCAUCCUGCCUGUGGUCCUCCUCUUCCUCGCGCUGCGGUUCCCUCGUUUCCGUCAGAAGUUCUGCUGUCUGGGACCGAACAGCCCGUUCCAUAAAGCCCGGCAGCACAACCGGACUCCAGUAAGAGAGCGGGCGGACGGCAGGAACGAAGACCAGGUCCGACCUCUGAGAUAUCACCUAAACCUGCAGCUGGACAUCCCCCUGACUCCGCCCCAUAAAGAGGUAACCAUGGUAACGGCACUGCAUUGA